UCUGACGUCACCAGUGGGCGGGACUUACGAUAGCAAUGUCCUGUGUGUGUGUGUUUGAGAGGCGAGUGUUUCUUUCUCACACACACACUUUUAGUGGAUACUCACCUGUUGAAAAAGCACCACCAGACUGGUACCGCUUCACACUUCUAUAAAGUGGAUUGACCUUUUUCCCAACAUGACGGACGCGCUUUUGCCAAACGGCCUCAAGGAAGGUCGAGGAGACGGCAAGUACUUCAGAAAGGGUUGUAACCCAUUUGCCCAGACAGGACGAAGCAAGCUGCAGAACAAGCGAGCCAGUCUGAAUCAACAGAUCAUCAAGCAGAUGAGGAUGCGAGCGGGAGCGGAGAACCUUCUCAGGGCUACCUCCAACAACAAGGUGAAGGAGAUGGUCUUGCUGGAGCUAAGCUAUGUCAAUUCCAACCUGCAGCUUCUCAUGGGUCAGCUGGAAGGACUCAACAGCUCCAUGGAGGUCUACCAGAGCAGCCAGGAAACGGCCAACAUCCCGCUCAUCGCACUGGGUCUGAAGGAAACAAAAGAAAUUGACUUCUCCACACCUUUUAAGGAUUACAUCAUUUCGCAUUACAACGAAGACGGAGCCACCUACGAAGAUGAGCUUGCCGACCUGAUGGACCUUCGACAGUCGUGCAGGACGCCAAGUCGUAGCGAGGCUGGCGUGGAGUUGCUGGCAAGGUACUUCAACCAUCUUCCUCUGGUGGAGAGUCGAUUCUUCUCACCCACACAUCACAGUGGCAUCUUCUUCACGUGGUAUGACUCCUUCACGGGUGUGCCAGUGUGCCAGCAGAAUUUGUCGCUGGAGAAGGCCAGCAUGCUCUUCAACAUGGCCGCUCUCUACUCACAGAUGGGGACCCGCAGCGACCGGCAGACAACGGCCGGCCUGAGGGAGGCCAUUUCAGCUUUCCAGAAGGCAGCUGGCAUCCUGAAUCACUUGAAGGAGACAUUUACACACACACCCAGCUACGACAUGAGUCCCGCCAUGCUGGCCAUGCUCAUCCGCAUGAUGCUGGCACAGGCGCAGGAAUGUCUUUUUGAGCAGCUCGCCCUUCCCGGCGUCCGCAAUGAGGUUCUGACAUUGCUCAGGAUGGCACAAGAGGCGGCCAAGGUGUCGGAAAUCUAUGACCACGUCCACCAGUCCAUGAUCCAGACGCCGUUGAAAGAUAACGUGCCCUUUUUCUGGUCUACUAUGUCUCAAGUGAAGACCAACCAUUACCGCUCCAUGGCGCACUACUUUGUGGCCUCGGCCUUGCUGGACCACCAUGUGGGUCCAAGCGAUGACGAGGACCAGCAGGAAAAGACCUUGUCUCAAGUAUACAAUCACCUCCCCGACGGUUGUUCUCCCCUGGAAAUUCUAAAGAAGAGAUCUGAGCGAAGGCGUAUUGGAAGAGCUCACAUCCAUCGCGCCAUCACGGGUCACGAGGAGGCACUGAGGAUCUACAGCUUGUGCCAUCACCUCAACAAGCUGGAGGUGCUGCAGGACAUUCUGAAGGCCAGCCACCAGCGCUCGCUGCACAAGGCCAGUGACAAACAGAUGGAGGAGGAGUUCACAGACUACUUGGACGUGCCCGGCAUUAUCUCAAAAACUGAACAACAAGCAGAGAUGGAUGUUCCUGCCGCCUUAAAGGUGAAAGUCAGCGACUUUUUCCAGAGACUGGGUCCUCUGUCAGUGUUCUCCGCCAAGCAGCGUUGGACACCACCCCGGAAGGUGCGUCUGCGGACGGAGGACAGAGACGUCGGUUUCACCCUUAAGGGGGAUGCACCAGUCCAGGUUGUCUCUCUGGAUCCCCUCUGCCCCGCUGCUGGCGACGGGCUGAAUGAGGGCGACUACAUUGUUGCCGUGGGCGAGGCGGAAUGCAAGUGGAUGGGCGUAGGUGAGGUGAUGAGGCUGCUAAAAGACGUGGACAAGCAGGGCGUGGACAUCACAGUGGUCAGCGUGCUGGAAGGCAACCCCACCAUGCCGGCCAAGAGUGCCACUUUCUGCGGCAACCUGCCCAAGACGUACUCCAUGAUUUGUCUGGCCUACGAUGGCGACGACAAAAGGGGCAUGUCGCGCAAGAUCAGCAAAAAAUCGUCUUUCCUCAGCUGGGGCCUGAAGAACAAACUGAAGAGUGCCAGUACCGUCAGCCUGCCUACUGCAGAGCAGUCGUGGAACAAACCCUGCCCGGCCUUCCCCAGCUCCUACAAGGACGCAGCCCUCUACUGAAUACACAGGUGCCCUCUCUGGUACCCUCUGCAACACUGUUGGGACACAAACACUAACAAUGAAUAUUUAUAGCCACACCUAUUACCCCCCCCCCCACCCACCUCUGAGUUAAAACCGCUGAUUGAAGAAAUUGUCUUUUAAAAUGAAAUGUUAUAAGCUGCUAACCAGUAAUUUUUGUGAUACAGCCUUUAAAGGGAUCUUGAGUAAAGUGCCUGGACCAGCCAGCCAGUUGGUGACGUUAAUAAGCGAGCGUAGUAAAGGAGGGUAAACGAGUCGUCUUCCUGCGUUUGGGAAAUAUCCAAGAAGUCUGAAAUCUCGAUUUUAAAUGGCAGACGAACAUGAUAAACUACCGUUUGUUUUAUUCCUCAGUCGAUUAUCUCAAUAACAAACCACCGGAACACACUUAAAAAAAAGUUGUAUUCCCCGACCCCCCCCCCCACCCACCCCCACCCACCCAAAGAUUAUAAUAAUAAUAAUAACAAUAAUAAUAAUUUCAAAAAUUGCAAUCUUGGUAACAUUAAUUGGAGAAAAAAAGAUGAUUUGGGGACACGUUUUUCUUUUCGAAAACAAAUUUGUGUUUAUUGGAGAAACAAAAGCAUAAUCUUACCAACAGGGUUGUAUUUGUCACCCCCAAAAUGUGCAAUCUUAGAAGAAUAAAAUCACAUCAAGUGGUGAAAAAGGGUAUUCUGAAGUUUUAUUUAUUCAAGUGAAAAAGUUGCAAUCACACCAAAAAAAGUCUUGCUUUUCUGGAACAAAUUCACGUUUGAGGGAAAAAAAUUGCAAUCUUAUUAGAAUAAAGUCACAUUUAUUUGAGUCAAAAAGGUGUAAUGUUACAAGAAUAAAGUCAUACUUUUUGCAGAUAAAAUUACAUUUUCUCUGAGGAAAAAAGUCGUAAAGUUAGGAGAAUAAAGUUGCAUUGAUGCAUGUAAAAUAUAUUUUUAUGAGGAUUGUCAGAUUAUUUUGGUAGGGAAAAAAGUUUAAUUUCACAAGCGUGAAUAUCAAUGUGCAAUGUUUCAAGAAUAAAAUCAAAUUAAUAUGCAAAAAAAGGGUAAUUGCAUGACAAUAAAAUUGCAUUGCAUGCAGUUAAAACAAAACAAAACGGUGUAAUGUUAUGAGAAUAAAGUUUUUAUCCGCCCCAAAAAGUGCAAUUUUAGCAGAAUGAAGUCGCAUAAACUCACCAAAACGGACAAUUAAUUGCAUUAAUUUAAGUCAAUGAGACUAAAGUCACAUUGUUUGCAAUAAAUGAGAAUUUUUUUGAGAAAGUCAUAAAUAGCAGACUAGUUAGUUAAAAUGGUUUAAAAAAAAGUUGUAAUCUCAAAAGAAUUAAGGUUUCCCCCCAAAUUGCAAUAAAGUAAUUAAUUCAAGAAUAAAAGUUCUAACCUUAUAACAAUAGUAACAGUAGUAAAUCAAAAUAAGUGUAAUCUUAUGAGAAUAAAGUUGUAAUUUCAAAGAAAUUGCAAUCUUAGUCGCAGCAAUUUAAAAAAAAAAAAAAAAGAAUUACAGGACAAAACCAUUUAUUUGAGUAAAAAUGAGUAAUUUUACAAGAAUAAAUUAUUGCUUUUUGAUUAUCGAGUCGCAUUUACUGGAGGAUAAAAAGGCGUAAUCUUACAGGAAUAGUUGUAUUUUCAAAAAAAUCCAAUUUUAUAAGGAUAGAUUCACAUUAAUUUGAGGAAGGCUAAACUCAGGAAAAUAGUAGCCUUCAUUAGAGUGAAAAAAUACCAUAAUCUCACAAGAUUGAAGUUGAACCGGCAAGGGUUCAGUGUACGUCCGUUUUUUUUCCUGAGUUUUCACCACCCACAUCAGUUUUUACAACUCGCAACUGUUCUAUUUAAUUAAGAUUGAAAGUGUGCACUAAUUUCAAAGCCGACCUAACCUAUCAGUUAGCGAACCAACCUACAAAGUAUUCAAUGAACACAUUCAAUUUGCCCAAAUAUUCACAUCAAAAUGACUUUUUUUGUUUUGUUUUGUGUUUAAUUUGAAUGCUUGUGACACAAUAAAAAUACACAAUAUUUAUUUAACGUUUGCCUCACGUAAUCCACUUAUUUGCCUCCAUGUUAUGGAAGUACUGUAAAUCUGUGCCACCUGAGUUUAAAUUUGAAUUCAUGACUUUUUUUGUAUCAAAAUCAAACUUUGAAUUUUAAAUAACAUGACAGUUUUAGCACUUGUUAAAAUAAAUUUGCGGUACAAAAAAAUGUGACGUCUAGAAAUAUUUAGAUUUAAUUGCUGAGAAACAAUUCUAUGUAACAUUCUCUGUAGAAAAAACAUCUAACAUCCAACAUCUAAAUUUGCAUGGCACAGAAAUUACCAGAAUGGAAGUAUAUCUGUGCCUUCUGAGUUUGAGUUUGAAUUAGCACCCAAAACAAACCAUCAAAUUUCUAGCAGUCAAAAAAUGAAUUUACAGUUAAAAAAAAUAAUGAAAUAAAAAUUUAAUUUGAUUGCUGGCAUUUUGUUUGUAUUUUUUUUUUUUUUUUGCCUCUGCCUUUGACCCAGUUUUGUGUCAGUCCAUCCAUCCAUUUUCCUCCGUUUAUCCGAGGUCGGGUCGCAGGGCCAGCAGCCUCAGGAGGGAAGCCCAGACUUCCCUCUCCACAGCCACUUCCUCCAGCUCUUCCGAGGGGAUCCCGAGGCGUUUCCAGGCCAGCUGAGAGACAUCGUCUCUCCAGCGUGUCCUGGGUCAUCCCCGGGGUCUCCUCCCGGUGGGACGUGCCCGGAACACCUCACCAGGGAGGCCCGAGCCACCUCAUCUGGCUCCUCUCAAUGCGGAGGAGCAGCGGCUCUACUCUGAGCCCCUCCCGGAUGACCCCAUCUCUAAGGGACAGCCAGGACACCCUGUGGAGGAAACUCAUUUUGGCUGCUUGUAUCCGGGAUGUUGUUCUUUCGAUCACGACACGCAGCUCGUGACCAUAGGUGAGGGUAGGAACGUAGAUCGACCGGUAAAUCGAAAGCUUCUCCUUUCAACUUAGCUCCUUCUUCACCACAACCGACCGAUACAAAGUCCUCAUCACUGCAGACGCUGUACCGAUCCUCCUGUCGAUCUCCCGUUUCAUUCUUCCCUCACUCUUGAACAAGACCCCAACAUAUUUGAACUCCUCCACAUGGGGCAGGAUCUCAUCCCCGACCCGGAGAGGGCACUCCACCCUUUCCGACUGUGGACCAUGGUCUCAGAUUUGGAGGUGCUGAUUCUCAUCCCAGCCGCUUCACACUCUGCUGCGAACCGCUCCAGUGAGAGUUGGAGUUCACGGCUUGAUGAAGCCAGCAGAACCACAUUAUCAGUAAAAAGCAGAGAUGCAAUACUGAGGCCACCAAACCGAACCUGCGCCUUGAAAUUCUGUCAAUAAACGUUAACAGAAUCGGUGAAAAAGGGCAACCUUGUCAGAAUCCAACCCUCACCGGAAACAAAUCCGACUUAAUGCCGGCAAUCUGGACUAAACUCUGACACUGGUUGUACAGGGACCGAACAGCCCGUAUCAGGGGGUUCGGCACCCCAUGCUCCCGAAGCACCCCCCAUAGAACUCCCAGAGGGACACGCCCUCUCCAAGUCCACACAAUGCGUGUAGACUGGUUGGGCGAACUCCCAUGCACCCUUGAGGACCCUGCAGAGAUUUUACUUCCCGACGGAGCCUCCUCUUCAGCACCCCUGAAUAGACCUUACAGGAAGACUGAGGAGUGUGAUCCCCUUGUAGUUGGAACACACCCUCCGGUCCCCCUUGACCACCACCCCAGUCUGCCAAUCCAGAGGCACUGUCCUCGAUGUCCACGCGAUGUUGCAGAGGCGUGUCAAGCAGGACAGCCCCAAAACAUCCAGAGCCUUUAGGAACUCCGGACGAAUCUCAUCCACCCCUGGGGCCUUGCCACCGAGGAGCUUUUUAACCACCUCGGUGACCUCAACCCCAAAGAUAUGAGAGCCCACCUCAGAGACCCCAGACUUUGCUUCCUCACGGGAAGGCGUGUCGGUGGAAUUAAGGAGGUCUUCGAAGUAUUCUCCCCACCGACUCACAACGUCCCGAGUCGAGGUCAGCAGCGCCCCAUCCCCACUAUACACAGUGUUGAUGUUGCAUUGCUUCCCCCUCCUGAGACGCCGGAUGGUGGACCAGAAUUUCCUCGAAGCCGUUCGGAAAUCGUUCUCCAUGGCCUCACCAAACUCCUCCCACGUCCGAGUUUUUUGUGUCCGCUUUGACCAUAUUAGGCUAAGACCGCCUUUCCUCUGAUUGGUUGUCUCAGUGUAGGAGACCAACUUGUGAGAGCUCACGUGUUUAUGUUGACAGUCCUGGCUUGGGAGUGGAGAGGUAGAUGAAGAUUUUCGCUGGUGACGUACAUAAGCUUGAGAAAUUCAAAUGAUCUGAUUUCAGGCCCUCUCGGCAGAAAAACGUCUGGAACUCAGGAAUGCGUGGACGAUUUUAAUUCAUAUUUCACAUAUUUACUGAGGCACCAUACAGACAAUAUUACAUCCCAAAUACUAGAAAAUGUUGGUUUGGUAAAAUAUGGCACCUUUAAAAUAAAUUCAGUGUAAAAAAAAAAAUGUUUUUGAAAUUCCAAUUUCAACUCAAAUGGCACAGAAAUACUUCCAUAGCGCGUCCAUAAUAAUACAGCCUCUUAUGUGAAUAUAGGAGCAGACUGACGUCACCUUUAAUUAAACAUUCCACGGAAAGACUGCGGCCAUUUUUGCUGACACCUUUGCAGUGUUGGACUGAUCUCUUUUGUCUACAAAGUAGAUUCUUAUACAUUUGAUAAUCAAAUUUAUUAUUUAUGUCAUAUAAAAAGUACCUGUAUAUAAUGUUCCUGUUAGGUUGUGUGUAGUUUAUGAGUGGAAAACAAUUUUGCAUAUUAGAUUUUCUUAAAGGAAUGUAUUUUAUUCUCUUUUUGUGUGUGUCAGCUGGCACAUUGUCAUAAGAAAACACUCUGAUGUGUUGUACUUAGUGCUACGUUGUUGUAAAACUCAUUAUAAUGAUUACUCAGUGCAUUUUGUUGCCCUGGCUCCUGAGGUACAGUAUAUGCAUAUACGUACACCAUGUCAUAUAUUGUCAACAAAAAAAGAAUUGUGAUGCUAAAUGAGUUCUAUUAGGGGCUGUUGUUGUAUUAUUACUUUCUACUGUGGUGCAAAUUGCUUCUCUGGAAAUUCUUUGUGUCUUGUGUGGAAUCCAAUCUUAAUAAAACAAAGGGGACAAAGAC